UCCAGUGAAAAGCAGAACACACAGAGAGACAUACCGAUUCAAACAGGUACAGCCUUACAGCUAAUUAACAGAUACAAUGAUGGAGAAUAGAAUGGAUGCCUUACAUGAUUCUGGAGUCCAGAUGGUCCACUACCUACAGAGUAACUACAAGAGUUCACAGGACUUGUUCAUGUUCAUCUCAUUUGCGGCUGAUCUUCGAAAUACCUUCUUCAUCUUCUUCCCCAUUUGGUUCCACCUUUGUGAAUCAGUGGGCAUCAAACUUAUUUGGGUGGCUGUAAUUGGUGACUGGCUUAAUCUUGUGUUUAAGUGGAUUCUUUUUGGACAAAGACCAUAUUGGUGGGUUCAUGAAACUGAUCACUAUGGAAACACAUCUGCUCCAGUCAUUGAACAGUAUCCUGUAACAUGUGAAACUGGACCAGGAAGCCCUUCAGGUCAUGCCAUGGGGUCUGCUGGAAUUUAUUAUGUCAUGGUUACUUCCAUACUUACAAUCAUGCUGAAGAAAAGGGAUGUCUUUCUGUGCUUUAGGUGCCUGCGAGGAGUGCUUUGGUCUGGGUUUUGGGCCAUUCAGAUCUGUGUCUGCCUAUCCAGAAUCUUUUUGGCUGCACAUUUCCCACAUCAAGUAGUGGCUGGAGUAGUCUCAGGAAUAGUUGUGGCCGAAGCAUUCCAUCAUACACAAUCUAUCUAUAAGGCCAGCCUGAAAAAAUACAUCUUGACUACAUUGUUCUUGGUCUCCUUUGCUCUCGGCCUUUAUUUAAUCCUAAAAGCUACGGGUGUGGACCUCCUGUGGACCAUGGAGAAGGCAAAAAGAUGGUGUGCUAGACCUGAAUGGAUACAUAUUGACACUACUCCUUUUGCUGGACUUUUUAGAAACCUGGGCAUCUUUUUCGGCUUAGGCCUAGCUCUCAGCUCUAAACUCUACCAUGAAAGCUGCCGUGGAAAGAGAGGAAGCGAGUUUACAUUCCGUAUGUGCUGCAUUGCUGCAUCUCUUAUUGUUCUACACCUUUUUGACUCAUUCAAGCCACCUACGAAAGUGGAGAUGCUUUUCUAUAUUCUCUCAUUCUGCAAAAGUACUGCUGUACCCCUGGCUGCUGUGGGAAUUAUCCCUUACUGUGUUUCUCAACUUCUUCAUCAACAGAGCAAAAAGAAUCUUUAAUGUAAAUAUGCAAAGUAUAUAUAGUUUUUACUAAUUUUAUUGUUGGUAUAUACAGUCCAGACAUCACACAACCAUUAUAAAAUGCACGCACCUUGUGUCUAGCUGGAAAAGGUAAUAUUUAAUCCAAG